AGAAGCGUCAGGUUGCGGAGGGCAGCUUUCGGAUUUUGCUCGCUCUCCCCGGCGGGGGUCGAUUGGGAAAGUUUCUGCACGAAGGUUGGAAGCCCAAGCGGGAAGGUAAUUGCAGCCGGAGACACCGACGUGCGCCUGUUAUUUUCCCCACGACUAGGGCUCACCGAUCGUUAGAUGUAAGCAGAGAUCAUGGCUUUGAAGGAAAUUUCAACUAAUAAAUGUUUCGAGGGUUUUCAGAAAGUGUAUGAGCAUAACAGUGCGGAGCUGAAAUGCAAAAUGAAAUUUGGAAUUUAUUUGCCACCAAAGGCACAAACGGAGAAAUGUCCUGUAUUAUAUUGGCUAUCAGGGUUAACGUGCACAGAACAAAAUUUUAUAACAAAAGCAGGCUUCCACCAAGCUGCAGCUGAACAUGGUCUUGUUGUAGUUGCUCCAGACACCAGCCCGCGAGGGUGCAAUAUUAAAGGAGAAGAUGAGAGCUGGGAUUUUGGCAGUGGAGCUGGUUUUUACGUAGAUGCCACUGAAGAACCAUGGAAGACGAAUUAUCGCAUGUACUCUUACAUAAAGGAUGAGUUGUCCAACCUGAUAAAUGCCAAUUUCCCGGUUGACUCUGGAAGGAUGUCUAUUUCAGGCCACUCCAUGGGAGGCCAUGGUGCUCUGAUCCUUGCUCUGAAGAAUCCCGGAAGAUACAAAUCUGUUUCAGCCUUCGCUCCGAUCUGCAAUCCAGUUCAGUGUCCAUGGGGAAAGAAGGCCUUUGGUGGAUACUUAGGAUCAAAUGCGAAAGACUGGGAGGCAUAUGAUGCUACCCACAUUGUGAAGUCUUACGAAGGUGCCCCUUUAGAUAUCCUGAUUGAUCAAGGCAAAGAUGAUCAGUUCCUUUCUGCAGGGCAGUUGCUGCCUGACAAUUUCAUCGCUGCCUGCACAGAACGUAAAGUCCCAGUUGUCUUCAGAAUGCAGCAGGGCUACGAUCACAGUUACUACUUUAUAGCAACGUUCAUUAAUGACCAUAUCAGGCACCAUGCGAAAUACCUCAAUGCUUAAAUUGAGUACUUGCUGAGCUUCUCCUGUCAGUGGACAUCAACUGAAGAAAUCAAUGGAAAUGAAAAAUAAGAGCCACAUGGAUUUCUGUUGUGCGCUGUCUUGAAAUAAUCUUAAUUUUGUGUGUCUUUCAAUGGAGUCUUGAUUUGAUGUCUCUGAAUAAAUAUUUUGAAAAGA